AUGAAUGUGGAAAAAAAUGAGUGCCUCAUAUGCGUUACCGAAGCCGGCAAAGGUGAAGCACUCGGGCUUUCAAAUUGCAAACACUUUUUUCAUCAUGAAUGCUGGAGAACAUUUGUUAGACAUAGUUUAGAUACCAACGAAAAUUUAUGGAACUUUCGCUGUCCGAUGGACGGAUGUCUUGAGUUAGUUGACGCACAAUGCUUAAAGCAACUGUUUUCUGCACAUGAAGAAGCCCCUUUACGCUUGAAAAUUGAACAACAUUUACUACAAAGGUACGUGGAUACGUCUCCACGGUUGAGUUGGUGCCCAAACGAAAAAGGCUGUGAGGGUAUUAUUUAUACCCCAAAAGCCCUUCACUCACGUGAAGCUGUGGAAUGCGACGUUUGCCACCUACACUUUUGUUUCCACUGCAAAAAGAUUCCCCACUCACCGGCGUUCUGCAAUCAAGUGCAAAAGUGGCUUCAUAAAAUAGACGAAGAUCUUCCUAAUACGGCAUUUGUAUUGGUUCACACAAAAGGUUGCCCUAACUGCAACGUGAGAAUUGAAAAAUACAUGGGAUGCAAUCACAUGACCUGUACAUGUGGCUAUCAAUUUUGCUGGAUGUGCCUGGGAAAAUGGUCAAGCCAUGCGGGAAACUACUUUUCUUGCAAUAAUGCCAAACAAGGUGGCCAAGGUCCAAAGGAUGAAGAAAACGAAGGAGUAAAGUUCUAUAAAUAUUACGAAAAAUAUAUGAAUCAACAAGACAGUAGCAAAAAGGAAAACAAUCAACUCGAUAUGCUGACAAACCACACCUCAGAUUUUCCACAACCUCAACCAAAUUCAUAUUCACUCCCUAACAGCCCUGAUUUUCUGGCUAAUCUGUUAGGAAGUGUAAAAAGCGCUCUAAGCAUUGCGCGGGAGCGUAUUGCUUUUGCUACAGUACGUAGCUACUAUAGUGAUAGUGAUAAAAAUGAAACCCGACUCUUUUUGUACCGAAUGGGUUCGCUUGAGGAGGCAACAGAAAAUCUUAGCCAUCAACUAUCAACCCUGAAUCACAUCACACUAAUUAAUGUAAAGGAAUUACAGAAGGGGUAAGCAUGGUAAGUCAAUGGAUAUCCAUUUUAGAGGAAUGAAGAUUCUUUCUACAAGGAGUUGCUGGAUCUACCAAAAUACAUACUUGAGAGUAUCUAGAUCAGCGUGUUUUUUCCUAAUAACACUGGAAUGCGCUUGAUAAAUUACAGGCUCUUUUAAAAAAAGUUGAUUCUUUUUUAUUCAUUUUUUGAUUUUUAAGAGAGUAAAA